AUGACUUCAAUAACUUCUAAAAACAAGAAAAAAGUUUUGUCAGCAAGCAAUAAGGACGUUAAUACAAAUGUAAAACUCCAUGUUACUAUACGUCCAGAAUCGACCACAUUAAAACAAAGUAAUUUGCCCAUUAAGAUGAUUGCAUCUGAAUCAACUUUAACUCAUAAAGAAAUAACUCAAACAAUUAUUGACCUUUCUGAUGACCUUACUGAAUCUACUAAAGAUCUAGACGUGGAAACUACCCAAGAAGAACCACAAAAAAUUGAAGUUUCUAUGCCACCAAUUAAAGGUACUAAACGUAAAAAGCAGGUCUUGAAAAAAGAAGUUAAAUCAAAUGAUGAUGCCAAGUGGACAGAUAGCGAAAUUAAAAUAUUGCUUGAGUUUUGGAAAGAAAAUUUGGAAGAAUGGAAAUGGGGAAAGGUGAAGGUUUAUCAAAAAAUUAUAAGUGAAAACGUGUUACCAGGUCGUACUCUUGAUCAAAUUAGAAAUAAGGUUGGAAAAUUGCAUGAAACAUAUUUGCAAAAAAAGAAAAAAGCUAAUUCUACUGGUGAAGGUAGUGUAGAAUGGAUUUGGUUCUCACAAAUGGAAGAAAUUUUGUCACAGAGUAAAGCUAUCAACCCGGAUUAUGUUACAGAUUCAACUUCAAAUUCUCCUCCUAUUUCUGAUGGCGAAAAUUCAGAUAAUAAAGAAAAUUAUAAAGCCGAUGAAACACGAAAAAAGAAAAGAAAAUCAACAGGAAUUGAAGGUAUAUCUGGGGUAAUUGCAGCAAUAGGAGAAUCAAGGGAUAGGUUUUAUGAAAAAAAACUAGACUUAGAGGAGCGUGAAAGCCAAAAGAAAUUCGAAUUGGAGGAAAAGAAAUUAAUUCAGCAAUACGAGUUGAAAAAGAGUAAAUUGGAGAUAGAAAGAUUGCGUGCUGAAAAUGAGAAGGUUAAAUUAGAGUUGGAAAUGUUGAAAUUUCGCAAAAAUAAUGAAUGA